UGUUGCACCAUCAUGGGCAAGAAGAGUAAGGCGAGCAGCGGUCGCAAGCGCAAGGCAGGCCAUCUGGGCUUCCAGGCGGGCGAGAUCGCCUUCAUCGAGGAUGAGAUGGCGGCGCUGGCGGCUGAGUAUGGACUGGAAGUGGACGUAGACGUAGCCAGCCAUGUGCAGCAGCGCAAACAAAGCAAAAAGACGCGACGACGACAGCUUCCGGGCGCUAAGAGCAGCCAAGCGACCAGCAAUCAACACUCUGGCAAUAGCAACGCAAGCACUGUGAAGUUGCUGGACACUAAGCCCAAGCAAAGCGACCCUGAGGACCUAGAGGACGCACACAAGCUCGUACUCAAGCGUCUGGCCGUCGUACUGCCCGACACUUGCGCGCUUCGAGGCUGUGGCGUCCCUGGCUGCUCGUGUGUCAAUGGAUCACGCUCUUUGGGUAUUCAGGAGCGCGACGAUGGUGAUAAAACCAAGAGAGAUCCACUUGAGAACGCCCAGUGUCAGAAAUGCCAACAUGGAGUACUACAACACGCUGUAGUGCUCAGAGAAGACGCAGAUCCCGCUGCUGCGUUACCCAGUGGCGGCCAGAGACUAUUGCAGACUCUAUUUCAGACCAUUCGCCUCGGAAGAAUAGGCGCAAGUAUCUUUAAGAGCCGCGUGUGGACCAAAUCUGCCUUCGAACGUCUAGAAGCUGUGCUCGCUCACCUCAAGAAACAAUUCGCAGCGGGAGGCACCCAGAACGGUCAAAAGUCAUCAGACGAACUGCGUCAGGAGAUGCAGUUGCUUACAGACUUACAGACGCAGCUCCGUAAUGCUCAACAAGCUGUAGGUAAAGCGUCUCGCGAUGAACUCCCGAUCUCUCUGGCUUGCGUGUGUGAUCAGAUGUACUUCCAGACAUACUACGCUGCUCUUGUACUCUACGGACGUGCGUGUGGCGCUGUACCGUCACCAGAAACGUAUCUGAAGGAGCUCGAGCGAUUCACACCUGAAAGUACGUUGCAAUUAGAAACGUUUCUAAACCGCGAGUUGUCCGGAUCGGGUCGAUUGAUCAAAUCGCUCGCACUUCCAAUUGUAUCGUCGAGUUCUCAAGAUGAAAUAGCGCGUGAACGUCAACGAGCUCUACAACAAGAAGACCAGAACCCGCUGUUGUCGAUCUACCAUGCUCGUCUGCGUGAAGGUGUACGUCUCUUCUACGAAGAAGGCGUUGGAAUGGAUGGAGAGAUGGACGCUGUUUUAAACGCUCCUAAAAGUGAACCAGUGGCUAGUAAGAAAGCCAAGAACAACAAGAAGAAACACUAUCGUCGUGAGAGGAAGGACACAGCUAGAGACACUGAAGUCUCGUUGAAGGAGAUGCCUAGUUACCCUCUUCUAGCUCAGUGGCGCAACAAUUGCCGUGACUGGUGCUGUCACUUGUACGCGUAUGCAACACCUACCGAAGAAGCGCUGGAUGUGAUGGCCCAGUACGCUCCUAUCGUUGAAGUCGGUGCUGGUACGGGUUACUGGAGUUCACUAUUGCAACGCGCUGGCGUGGAUGUCGUCGCGUAUGACAAGGCUCCUCCGAGUGCUGACGGUAAGGAAGGCAACGCUUAUCACGGUCACGUGCCGCCGUUCUGCUCCGUUGGACGUGGAGGCCCUGAAGUUCUGGGUCAAGAAGACAUGGCGAAGCGUAGUUUGUUCCUGUGCUAUCCGCCACCAGGCGAUGCUAUGGCUGUACGCAGCAUCCAGUUGUUCCAGGGUGAUGUGGUGCUACAUGUCGGUGAGUGGCAGGGUGAUACAGGCGACAAUCGCUUCGAGAGUGAACUUCAACGUCGAUUUAUACUGGAACAGGAGAUCGCGCUGCCUAAUUGGGGAAACUCGGCGUACGGAUUGACUGUGUGGCGUCGCAAAGCGACGGAUGUUGAACCGGUGGCGUGGCAUGCGAUGAGCUGUUUCCAUUGUGACAAGACACUGGCGGAUGGAGCUGAUGAAGGGGAACCAUUGAGACGAUGUGUGGUCUGCAAGACGAACGUAUACUGCUCAGCCACUUGCGCGCAGCGAGAUGUUGUGGAGCACGCUGCUGAGCACGCCGCGCGUCUAGUGUUUUUAGAAGAGCCAACUUCUGACAUGGCGUAUGAACGUAUCUUCGAAAAUGAAGCUUACUACCGCGAGCUUAAGGAGCCUGACUUGGACGAUUCGGUCGUGGCUGUUAAGAGCAACUGGAAUGCUUUGACGAAAGCCGAUGCUGCUGAGGAUGAUUCUGAGGCUAAUGGUGACGAAAGCGACGAAGACGACGCGGACGAGGAGGACCUGCCGGAGAAGACUACUGAGAAGGCUGCGUUUGCCUUCAACUUUGGCGCUUAGAACAGUUUAUGCGCAGGUAGUUGAGAUUCAAAUUGUAUGUAUACUUAUCAUACAAUCACAUACGUCCAUAGAGAACUACCACUCUCAUUUUCAUUUUUCCACUGCUGCUGAGUAUAUAGUGCGGUGGAUUGAACAUGCAGUGCCAUAGUAAAAG